AUCUCAGCUCAUCAUCGUCUUUUUAGCCUAACAAAUCUCCCAGCGAAAAUUAGGGCUCAAAUGUCUCCUCACAGUAAUCGGCCGCCAAAUCUCCCGAGAACAUAAGCGCGCUGUCUCGAUCCCAUCCGAUCCCGCCGCCAUGGAAACGCGAAACCUCAACAAAUCGCUCUGGCUUCGGCGGCGGCGCGCGGCGGCGGCGGCGGCGUUCGCCGACGUCGCGCUGCGAGUGCGUGAUGAACUAGCGUGACGAUCCUCACGACCGCGAGUCAAUCCUCCCGCGUCUGGCAAGAAGUGGCAUCAGAUCGACUCCAUCACACGCAAGCACAUAACCAUCGCCCUCUGCUACUCUACAACUCCGGAUCGGCUCCGGCGAAGAUUCCCGCGCUUGGAAUCGCUGAAGCUUAAGGGGAAACCUAGAGCUUCGAUGUUCAACAACAUCAUUCCCGAUGACUGGGGAGGCUAUGCGGAGCCUUGGGUUAACGAGAUUUCCGAUACGUUUUCGUGCUUGAAAUCAAUACACUUUCGGAGGAUGAUUGUGACGGAUGCGGAUCUCGGGAUUUUGGUCGGGGGAAGAGGGCGCAUGCUUCAGUCAUUCAAGCUGGACAAGUGCACGGGAUUCUCGACUGAUGGACUCAUUCUCGUUGCUCGAUAUUGCAGGUGCCUUAAAACCUUAUUCUUGGAAGAAAGCAUUGUAGUUGAGAAGGAAGGCCAGUGGCUCCAUGCGCUAGCCAUUAAUAAUUCAGUUCUUGAAUCUUUAAACUUUUACAUGACAGAGCUGAGUGUCUCGUGGCAAGAUCUUGAGUUAAUUGCUAAAAAUUGCAAGUCCUUGAUUUCGUUGAAAAUUUCUGAAUGUGACAUCUCCGAGCUAGUUGGAUUCUUCCGUGCAGCAACAGCACUGGAAGAGUUUGGUGGGGGCUCUUUUGAUGAUCAAACAGGAGAAACCGACAAGUAUGAGAAGAUCCGCUUUCCUCCUAAGCUAUGCCGCUUGGGUCUUAGCUAUAUGGGAACAAAUGAGAUGCAGAUAAUAUUUCUACUUGCUGCCUCACUGAAGAAACUUGACCUGCAGUACACAUUUCUCAGUACCGAGGAUCACUGUCAGCUGAUUCAAAGAUGUCCUAAUCUAGAAAUUCUCGAGGUGAGAAAUGUGAUUGGAGAUCGGGGGUUAGAAGUUGUCUCUCAGACAUGUAGAAAACUUAAAAGGCUGAGAAUAGAGCGGGGGGAAGACGAACAAGGCCUUGAGGAUGAACAGGGGACAGUUACACAUAUAGGGAUUUCUGCAGUUGCCCAAGGCUGCCCAGAACUGGAGUACCUGGCUGCCUAUGUUUCCGAUAUCAUGAAUUCUGCUCUGGAGGCUAUCGGCACUUACAGCAAAAACCUCUGUGACUUUAGGCUUGUUUUACUAGAUAGAGAAGAAAGAAUAACAGAACUGCCCCUUGACAACGGUGUUCGUGCUCUUUUACAGGGUUGCACACAACUGAGAAGGUUUGCUCUCUAUCUGAGACCUGGGGGCCUGACAGAUGUCGGUCUCGACUAUAUUGGCUCUUUCAGUAAGAAUAUUCUAUGGAUGCUCUUAGGCCAUGUGGGAGAGUCUGAUUCUGGCCUUCUCCAGUUCUCAAGAGGUUGCCCUAAACUGCGGAAACUGGAGCUCAGAGGCUGCUGUUUCAGUGAGCGUGCAUUGUCCCUUGCAGUGCUUCAGUUACCUUCUUUACGAUACAUAUGGGUUCAGGGCUACAACGCCUCGCCAUAUGAUCGAAACGGGUGCAGAGCAUCCAGCACAGAUGCUGGCGUACUAUUCCCUCGCAGGACGCAGAAUGGAUUGUCCAAAUACCGUGAUUCCACUAAAUCCACCAGCUUGAGUGUACAUACUGAGGCUUUGCUGCCAUUUUUCUUGUUUUGCCCGUGUAAUUGCUCAUGGAACUUGUGCAUAUCAUCUUAAUUUGCUUUCUUUGCUUUCAUCAUUCUAACGGUGUGCUUAGCUGUUGUUUUGUGAUAAACUUGAUCCCAUUUUAGAAACGUAAAAGCUACAAUGAGUGGGAAAAAUAAAUGGUUUGCUACUUACUACUAGA